AUGGACCAACAAAACUUAACAGUGCUAAAAGAAUUCAUUCUCAUGGGGAUCACAGACCGCCCUGAGCUGCAGGCUCCAUUAUUCGGGCUCUUCCUCCUCAUCUAUGUGAGCUCAGUGGUGGGCAACUUGGGCAUGAUCGUCCUCACCACGAUGGACUCCAGGCUGCAAACACCCAUGUACUUCUUUCUCAGACACCUGGCUUUCAUUGACCUUGGUUAUUCAACAGCUGUGGGACCGAAAAUGUUGGUAAAUUUUGUAACUAAUCAAAACAGUAUCCCCUAUAAUUGGUGUGCUGCACAGCUGGCUUUCUUCAUCUUGUUCAUCAUUAGUGAACUUUUCAUUUUGUCAGCCAUGGCCUAUGACCGCUACGUGGCCAUCUGUAACCCUCUGCUCUACACAGUCAUCAUGGCACCAAGACUAUGCUGGGUGCUGGUAGCGGUCCCCUAUCUCUACAGUGCCUUUCUUUCUCUGAUAACCACCAUAAAGAUUUUUGUUUCAUCCUUCUGUGGCUAUAAUGUCAUCAGUCAUUUCUACUGCGACAGUCUUCCUUUGUUAACUUUGCUGUGCUCAAGCACACGUGAAAUUGAGUUGAUAAUCCUAAUCUUUUCAGCAUUUAAUUUGGUUUCAUCUCUUCUGGUGGUCCUUGUGUCUUACAUACUGAUCCUUCUGGCCAUCUUCAGGAUGAACUCUGCAGAAGGCAGGCGCAAGGCCUUCUCCACCUGUGGAUCCCACCUGACUGUGGUGGUUGUAUUGUAUUCAACUCUAACCUUCAUGUAUGUGCAGCCCAAGUCCAGUCAUUCCUUUGAUACUGAUCAAAUGGCUUCUGUGUUUUACACACUGAUAAUCCCCAUGCUGAAUCCCAUGAUCUACAGCUUGAGGAACAAAGAGGUGAAAGGUGCCCUGCGUAGGAUACGGAAAAAUCUGAGCAAACUCCCCAGAUAA